UCGUGACUUCAAACGCAGCACUUGUUCCAGCAGGAAAACGGCGUUGACAGUAGAUAUGCUGGCGGUAGCGCCACGUCAACUAAAACAAACUAAAGCGUGAACAGGACUUUGCCGUGUUAUUAGUCUGUUAGUCUGCGUUUUAACACCUGUCACCAUGCUGGACCCGUCCUCUAGCGAAGACACGGGCGGGGAGUCCGACCCUGAAGUUACCAGAGAGCCUCCGAGGAAACCGUCCGCCUUCUCAGAGGCAGAAAAGCAGGGAGACAGCGGGCGGGCGGGCGGUCAGCAGCUGCAGUUUGCCGAACCCCCCGGUGAAGGUGCAAAAGACUGCCCCUCUGCGGUGGACGAUGAGGAAAAGAAGGAGCGAGAGCGUCUUCAGAAGGAGGAAAAGGAGAGGAGGACCAAGCUGCAGAUCUAUGUAUUUGUUCUGCGGUGUAUUUCCUAUCCGUUCAACGCCAAGCAGCCCACCGACAUGGCCCGAAGACAGCAGAAGGUCAACAAGCAGCAGCUGCAGACAGUGAAGGAGCGCUUCCUGGCCUUCCUCAAUGGAGAGACUCAGAUUAUUGCUGAUGAAGCUUUCUGCAAUGCUGUGAGAAGCUACUAUGAGGGUUUUCUGAAGAGUGAGAGAGUUUACCGAAUGGUUCAGAGUGGUGGGUGCUCAGCCAAUGACUUUCGCGAGGUUUUUAAGAAAAACAUUGAGCGACGGGUGCGCAGCCUUCCGGAGAUCGGUGGCUUGAGUAAAGAGACUGUGCUGAGCUCCUGGAUUACCAAGUAUGAUACCAUCUACUGUGGGGAGGAAGACAUGCGGCGCCAACCACAGCGGGCACACCUGAGUGCUGUUUCAGAGCUCAUCCUCAGUAAAGAGCAGCUGUACGAAAUGUUCCAGCAGAUACUGGGCAUCCGCAAGUUUGAGCACCAGCUGCUAUACAAUGCCUGUCAGCUUGACAAUGUGGAUGAACAAGCUGCUCAGAUCCGCAGAGAGCUGGACGGGCUACAGCUGGCUGAGAAGAUUGCUAGGGAAAGGACGAACCCAAAGUUUGUCUCUACUGACAUGGGGGCUUUGUACAUUGAAGAGUUGCGUUCUUCUGUCAACUUGCUGAUGGCUAACUUGGAGAGUCUGCCAGUGUCCAAAGGAGGUCCAGACUUCAAACAGAAGCUUAAGCGCUCCUCUAUGAACAAUUCCUUCUUGGAUAUAGGGGAUGAAGGAGACAUACUGUCCAAAUCUGAUGUUGUGCUGACCUUUAACCUGGAGGUUGUCAUUGUUGAGGUCCAGGGGCUGAAGUCAGUCGCUCCAAACCGAAUUGUUUACUGCACCAUGGAGGUGGAGGGCGGAGAAAAACUUCAGACUGACCAAGCAGAAGCUUCAAGACCACAAUGGGGUACUCAGGGAGACUUCUCUACAACUCAUCCCUUGCCUUUGGUUAAAGUAAAGCUCUUUACAGAAAGUACUGGUGUCUUGGCUCUGGAAGACAAGGAACUGGGCAGGAUGGUCCUGAUCCCCACCACCAGUGGUCCAAAGCAGGCAGAGUUCCACCGGAUGGUGGUCCCUAAGAACAGCCAGGACACAGAUCUGAGGAUCAAACUGGCCGUCCGCAUGGACAAGCCUCCCAACAUGAAGCAUAGUGGGUGA